AUGCAGUCGAUCGUGGUAUAUUACGCAGCUGCUAUUGCAGCAAUUGCUGCACUAUUCAUAUUCAAACGAGUCUUUCACGCUGUCUCUAAUCUCUUCUUUUUCCAUAUACGCCCCUGGUGCCUCGUAAAUUUGGAGUAUGCGCAUGCAAGCUUACGGCUUUUUGGCAUAAAGCUGGUGCUUCGAUAUCAACUCGUCUUUCCCUUCGCGUACUUUGCGGGCACCGCGGUCUGCAAUACCGUGGGUGUGCACUCCAUCUCCGAAGCAGGCGUGCGUGCCGCCCAAAUCUCGAUGAUAACUCUUCUGUUGCUCUGCUGGACCGGAGAUCACGAGAUUGGGGCUUUUAUUCUGGGCAUAGAGCUUGCAACGUAUCAUUUUAUCCACCGCAUCGCUGCUUUUGUGGCAGUCAUUGAAGCAGCCAUCCAUGUUGUCAUUGCAGCUCAACAGACCCAUUUCUCUGCUUCCGACUCUUCUCAAUUUCACGGUCUACUUGCUGGCUGUAUGUUUCUGUCACUGUUUUUCCUUCCCAUGGUUAAGCGGCGUAUAUAUGAACUUUUUUUAAGGACUCAUCAAGGAUGCGCCAUCUUUGCGCUAUAUGCGAUUUGGAAACAUGUCUCAUCUUCACAGAGCAAACGUUGGGUGCUCCUUCUGGCAAUACUAUCUGCCGUGACUGGUGCACUACAGUUCAUCCGUAUCAUGUACCGCAACAUCCCACAUCGGAGAUCCGUGAAAUUCCUAACAGAGAAUUGUGGAGCUGAUGCACUCCGGCUGACUUUGUCUUUACCGCGCCCUUGGAGAAUUCGCGCUGGACAACGCGUCUAUGUCAGUAUACCAAGAGUAGGGUUACUAUACAUGUUCCAGCCGCAUCCAUUCACGAUUGCCUGGUGGGAGGACGACGGAAACGGCAGCAUGUUUUCAAUCACGUUAAUUGUUCGAGCUCGAUUCGGCUUUACUAAAAAGCUUCUUGAUCGUAUCGAAUCUGGCUGCGAAGGCUGGGCCUGGAUUGACGGACCCUAUGGACCCUCGUCUGCCUCCACCUUUGGCUAUUCUCCCGAGGUCGGAGAUUAUGGCCACAUAAUUAUGGUGGCGACAGGUAUGGGCAUCGUUGCUCAGCUUCCCUAUAUCAAGGAACUUUUGGAUGGGCAACGCCAAGGUCAGGUACGAACACGAAGAGUAUCACUCGUUUGGCGACUCGAGCAGGAGGGCGACUAUGAACUGGCUCGUGACCUGCUACAAGCUCUUGUUAAGCAUGAUGACAGUUAUGUAAGUAGUUCCUAUGGCCCCGACUUGACAGAGACUGUCUCCGUCCCUGCUCACGCGCAUUCGACAACACUCCUGACCCUCAAGUUCCUGAUUUUGCUUUAG